AUGGCACGUACCAGUUAUAAGGACGAUGAUGAAGAAAACGAAGAGCAUGAGAAUCAUCGUCAUUAUCAACUUCAGAAACAACCAACAUGUCUGGAAGCAGAAGGAAGUGACACAGACGUCUUCACGGUGAUUGGGAUUCUGGGGGAGUCAGUCACUUUCCCCUUAAAUAUCGAAAAAUCACAGCAAGUUGUCAACAUUGUUUGGAACUCUGAAACAUCCGUUGCUUUUGUAACGCCAGGAGACUCAGGAACAGCACCCAAAGUUACUGUGACCCACCAAAAUUAUAAUGACCGAAUAAAUGUCUCACUUGAGAACUACAACCUGGAGAUCAGUAAUCUGAGGAUGGAAGAUUCAGGCAUCUACAAAGCCGACAUAAAUACAAAGACCCUUGAGGGGAUGAUCACCACCACCAGGCGCUACAGCCUUCAGGUCUUCCGUCGGCUUGGGAAGCCAAAAAUUACACAGAGUUUAAUGACAUCUGUGAACAGCACAUGUAAUGUCACCUUGACAUGCUCUGUGGAGGAAGAAGAAGAGAAUGUCACAUAUAGUUGGAGUCCCCCGGGGGAAGCGGGGAAUGUAGUUCAAAUCUUCUGGACCCCCGACAACCAAGAGCUGACCUACACGUGCACAGCCUGGAACCCCGUGAGCAACAGCUCAGACUCCAUCUCUGCCCAGCAGCUCUGUGCAGACACUGCAACAGGCCUCCAUUCUCGCCACACCGGGCUGUUGAGCGGGCUGGCGGUGCUCUUUCUCUUUAUACUCAUUGUGCCUUCGGUACUUUUGUUCCUUUUGUGCAAAAGAGGACAAGGUUCCUUCUUGAAGCCCUUCAGUAAGAACUCUGAUGCCAUCUCAAAGAAAACAAUAUACACCUACGUCAUGGUUACGAGAGAUGCCCCGCCAGCAGAGGGCAGAAUCUAUGAUGAAAUCCCCCAAUCCAAGGAGCUCCCUGACAAGGAGGAGCCAGUGAACAAGGUUUAUUCCACAUUGCAGACUGGUAAGAUGGGGAAAACCAGCUCUCAGGACGGCAAACCUCCUGGAACCUAUGAAAAUGUGAUCUAAGCUCAUGGCCAGCAUUCUCCCUGUGCACACUGAGCUUCAACAACCAUCGAUACCCCGGCAGAUGCCCCGGACCCAGACUUUCUCUGCGCACGUCUUACCUGGAGAUUGCAAACCAUCACGCCCCAAUCUGUGACUUUUUUGUGACUGGAGGUGCUGAGCCUUCCCAGCAACCCCCUAUGUAGACAGGAUUGGUAUUUUGCAUGCCUGUACCCAGCCAUGGCACGCCACCUAGGAGGCUCUGAUCAUACUCAAUGUCGUGGGGAGCCCUGGUGCACGACCUCCACAGUCCACACAGCACGUGAGACAAAUUAGACAAAAGCACCCUUCCCCCGAGGCAGAUGCGGCCCCUCCCAAGCACGUGGCUUGAUGAGUAGAGUGUGGGCUGCACUUCAGCCUCUACGUGCCCCUUUGCCCAGGAACCUUUGUGCAGGGGCGGCUGGCUGGCCCAGCCCGCCCAUCCACGAUGGUGUCGCAUGGGAAGCCAUGGGAGCUGUGGCUCUUGGCUGUGCGGACACACUAUCCAAACGGAGGGUUGGAGAAUGCUCCUUCUGUAGGGACUGGACAGCUGCGGCAUUUUUCUUCAGGCUCUACUUCGGAAGCCUCAUAAGAUUUUCUUUCUGGCCAAGCUUUCAACUUGACUGGGCCAUUUAUGGGGUGACCAGACAUUUGGUUAAACACGAUUCUGGGGGGAUCUAUGAGGGCAUUUCUGGAUGAGAUUAACAUUCAGAUUGGUAGAUUGAGUAAAGCAGAUUAAUCCCCGCUCCCAUAUGGGUGCAUAUCACCAGAUCCAUCAAGAGCCUGAAGAAGAAGAGGACAGAGUAGGGGAGAAUUAAUUCUCUCUGCCUGGCCAUCUUAGAGCUGGGAUAUCAGUCCUCCUGCUUUAGGACUUGGACUUGGACUGGAACUUGCACCAUCAGCUCUCCUGGUUCUCAGGCCUUUGGACUUAUGCUGGAGAACUACACCAUCAGCAGUCCAGCUGCAGACCCUGGGAUUUCUCAAUCUUCGUAAGCACACGAGCCAGCUCCUUGUUAUAUCUGUUUCCUGUUGGUUCCAUUUCUCUGAAGAACCAGACUAAUACCUAUUCCAAGCAGCCUCGGCAAGAAGAAGAGACCGUCCCCAGUACCCCAUUCACCAAAAGGACUUGACCAGCUAUACUUAUGACACUUUAGGGGAGCUGAGUACAACCCAACCAUCGAAACAAGAGACCUUAAAAGAAGUGGGUCAUUCUUCAGAGGGAACUGGGCAGAUGAUGGUGUAGAUGAUGAAACUGGCUUCGCCUCACCUCUGUUACUAAGGUUCAGUCCAGAGAGUCACUGCUUCACGCUUUGGUUCGAUGCCCCUGCGCCCCUGCUACCAGCGCUGAGGAGGAAUCACCCAUGGCUGAGCAGAACAUUCAAGUGAUCGUAUGAAGAACUGUUUCCCUCAUGUGUGAGCACCCAUAGCCAGUUAAAUCCUAAGUCCCCGUGAACAAUCCCAGGCUGGGCAGCAGAAGUGAGCUGCAUUUAGGCAGAAGGAAGGUGUCAGUUUCAGUGAAUGGUUCCAUCGAGCCAUCUAGCCCUGACCACCAUUAGCACUGUGUCGGCGGAUGCAAGACCCUCAAAGGAUCAGAGGAGCAUAAUGUCUGCCCUGGUCUAGCUGCCCUGUGCAAGGCAAGCACGGACACUACAGUUAAAUGCUGAAUUACACGUUUUGGGGAGUGGCAGCAGCUAGUACAGUCGGGGAAGGCUUCACGAAGGAGGUGGAGUUGAAGCUGCGCUCUGGAGGAAGGGUAGGAUCUGGCUGAGAAUGGAGAAGACAGAAGGCAUCCAACUGAGGAAAGCACAAGAAAGAAGCAGAGGCCGAAUCGGCGUGAUGUGUUUUGGGCACCACCCCAGAUGCACUGAACACGUUCACAGUCCCUUGCCUACGAUGGCAGAGAGCCUCUGCUUUGGUGUGCCCCCCAACCCCCAGCCCUUUCCACACACAUCAACGCUCAGCUCAAAUGUCACCUCCUCUGUGAAGCUCUCCCUGGCAUCACUGGUCAAAUUAAUUAUGGCUUUUUUUGCCCUCCUUUCCCCCCCGUGGUCCUUAUAUCACUGCAACUCAUUUCUUUCUGCCUCACGGUAGAGAUCAUUAUUUGUUUCCCUCCACACUGUACAUACUGAAGGGCAAGAUCCAUGACUUCAUGACCAUGGAGAGUGAUCAUGUGCGAUGAGAGUUUUAGUCCCCUGUGCAUCCACCACCAGCCAACGUUGUGCCUUGUACCCUGCCUGUGAGCAAUAAAUGCUAUUGAAUAGAAUUGAAAAUGACCAGCCAGCUCAAAUAGAAGGUACAUGUUGCAAGUAUUGAUAGACAGAAGCCAACAAGCAUAGUGGAAUCCAAUUAUGGCAAGCGUUAAAUGUCAGAAUGCAGACGUCAGUGUAAGGACAUUUUGGAGGGAAAAGACUCUCAGAGUUAGACCAGCGAAGACAUCACCUGAAGCCAUGAACCAGGUGUGAGUGAAAGGCAGUCACUCCAGGGAGGGACAUGAAGGAAGAAAUAAGGAGACCUGUCAUAAGGAUGGAGAAGUUCCAAAGGGACACCGAACAGGCUGGGUUUCCCCUAAAAUAAAAGCAUGCCUCACCUUUGUGUGAGCUGAGGGACUGCUCCUGAACAUGGUCCUUCUCUGAACUGUCCUUGCUUCUCCCUGGUGCGCUCACCCAGUGAAACUGC